AUGCCUCCAUCAACCUCCAAUUCUUCAUCAUCAGCACCUCGCCGACGCUCUUCGCGUCCCACAACUGCUCGCCGGGCAUCCGCUGCUGCUGCAAUAGGCACCAAAGCGUCUGCAUCAUCAGCAUCAUCUUCUCCUUUCGAUGAUUUCCAUUCCUACGCGCCAUCAGCUGGCUACUUUUUCUCUACAACCCCACUACAAAUCAAAAGAACAGUAAACAUAACAGUCGAGAUAUCCUCCGGGACUGCAACGGCAAGUCACAUGGACGUAUCACAAUACCACAUGCCAGUUACUACUUCCUGCUACUCACCAUCGUCUGGUGACGUUUUGUACGAAUACUCCACAAAUACAUCGGAGUAUGAAACUGCGACUGAAUAUGGGGCAUAUCCGUUUUCGUCAUCCUCAACGGCCACCUCAUCAAGUUACUCCUACGAACCAUCAGCUCAAAGGAGUAGCACCGAUGAGUCAGAAUUUCCUUGUGAACCACCAUCAUCAUACUCAAAAUACAAACCACAAUACGAGAGCAAGACACCUCCACCAGCAGCACCAAAACAAGCUUAUCAGACAUCCAGUCGUCGGCAAAGAUAG